GGUACUGUUGCCGAGGGGGUUGACUUUCGAUAAGCGCAUUUAGCCAGUUGUACUAAACUUUAUAAUCGUCUCCCAGUUAAACAAGGCGCUCUGUGGAGUUUAUGGAGUUGAAUGCUUGACGGAAUUGACAUUAUACACCAGUUCUGAUGCUCUGCUGCAGCCAUGUUCAGCAAGAAGAAAAAGCAGCGCAUUCAGAUCUCAGCUCCCUCCAACUUUGAGCACCGUGUGCACACUGACUUUGAUGAGCAGGAGCAGAAGUUUGUUGGGCUUCCUCGCCAAUGGCAGAGUCUCAUCGAAGACACUGCCAAAAGGCCCAAGCCCUUCAUCGAUGCAACAGUCAUCACCACUGUGGAGCCUCGCAAGACCAUAGUGCGAGGCAGUAAGAUAGGCGUUGACGGCUCUCUGACGUGGCUCCUGGAUGAGUUUGAAACCAUGUCGGUGAUCCGUUCAAACUCACUUCGACGGGGCAGUCCUCCCAUACAGCCUCGCAGUGACUUAGGCCCCUCUGGCAUGCAGGAGAAUGGGGAGCACUCUCACCGGCAACAUGAGAUCGCAGGCGAGACCAGAGACAGAGAGAAAACUCGCCCCAAUUCCCAGAGACCAGCUCGAGCCUAUCCAGAAGACGGGAAACCAAUGCAACCUCGUGGCCAGGAGACAGGCAAACACAAAGAACAAGAACGACCCACUGAGCCUCAUGCACCGCCUCAGAGAGAGAGAGACAAGGAUCGAGACCACCACAAUCCAGUGGUGUGGAGGGAAGCGGCCAAUGACAAAAGACCAAAAUCCAGCUACACAAGUCAGGACGAAAGCCCACAGUCCCCACGGGACAAGAGACCUCUCUCUGGACCAAAUGUUCGAACCCCCAACCUGCCUGUUGCAGAGGGGUCUAUAAAGACGGCACAGCAAAACCGGGGUUUUAACACUUAUCCUCGUGCUGAAAGUGAUUCAGCAAGAAACCCCAGCAGUCAGGACCUGAAGCCAAGCAGGACUCAAGACCCUCCCCCGAAUGGCCCAUCCAGUGGGUCGGGCCGAAGUGGGAACACUGGGGGUAAGGUCUCCUCUCAGCAGCAUCAUGCUUCUCAUCCUGCAUUGGGUCCAGAUCCCCCCCAGAGUCAACCAUUUCCGCCAGUGUCCCGACCUGCUGCUCCGCCUGGACCACCCCAGCAACCCCAGCGUGUCUCUCACGAGCAGUUUCGUGCGGCUCUUCAGAUGGUGGUGGAUCCUGGUGACCCUCGCACCUACCUGGACCACUACAUCAAAAUUGGCGAGGGUUCCACCGGUAUUGUGUGUAUUGCAACAGUUAAGAGUACAGGCAAACUGGUGGCUGUGAAAAAGAUGGAUCUGCGCAAACAACAGCGACGAGAGCUGCUGUUUAAUGAGGUGGUGAUCAUGCGAGACUAUCACCAUGAGAAUGUUGUGGACAUGUACAACAGUUACUUAGUUGGUGAUGAGCUCUGGGUUGUCAUGGAGUUCCUUGAAGGUGGCGCACUCACUGAUAUAGUCACACAUACAAGAAUGAAUGAAGAGCAGAUUGCCACUGUGUGCCUGUCUGUCCUUAAAGCCCUGUCAGUGUUGCAUGCUCAGGGUGUCAUCCACAGAGACAUCAAGAGUGACUCUAUUUUACUUACUCAUGAUGGCAGAAUAAAGCUGUCUGACUUUGGCUUCUGUGCACAAGUUUCAAAAGAGGUGCAGCGAAGAAAAUCGUUGGUUGGAACUCCUUAUUGGAUGGCACCUGAGCUCAUCUCAAGACUGCCGUAUGGACCAGAGGUGGACAUUUGGUCUCUUGGCAUUAUGGUAAUUGAAAUGGUCGAUGGAGAGCCUCCAUAUUUCAACGAACCUCCACUCAAAGCAAUGAAGAUGAUUCGAGACAAUUUGCCGCCCAAGCUAAAGAACCUUCACAAGGUCUCACCGAUUCUCAAGGGCUUCUUGGACAGGAUGCUUGUUCGGGACCCUGCUCAGAGGGCCACAGCCCAGGAGCUGCUUAAACAUCCAUUUCUUUCUAAAUCUGGUCCUCCUUCUUGUAUUGUGCCCCUCAUGAGGCAAAACCGCAUGAGAUGAGUGCAUUUGUGACAUCCAUUCCACCAGGACCAUUUGGUUAUCUCAAAGUACGGACUAUUUGCGGCAUGCAAAGUACAGACAAUUUGCAGCAUGCGGCCUGCAGCUCUGCACACUUAAUGCUUCUAAGCAAGUAUUUGAAAAUACCAGACUUGUCUCCAAAUACUCUAAACACUGCUGUUGGCUUGAGCUGAGGUUUUUGGAAAAAACUAAAUCAAAAGAUGCCCUGCAAAGUCAACACUGAUGAUUUUACACUAGUUGUGUGAUCACUGGAAACAAUGGUAUCAUCUUUGGUAAAGUGAGAACUCGGUGUUGGAGUGUUCCUCUUUUACUUAGAAGUGGUUUUGGAUGAUUUUGAAGUUUGAACUGUCUCUUUCUGUGUGAAGCGAUUACUUUCUGACUUAAAACUUUUUAUGACCUGGAACGUUUUGCAGCUGCCUGUUUCACUACUACUGUGGAAGCAGUGCUCUGUUUCUAAACUCAAACUUCACCUCCUGCACCAUAACCACUUUUUGACUUUUAAUCAAUCUAAAGAUUAUAUUAACUACUGAAGAGCUAUAUUUACUUCAUCAAAAGGAAGGAAAAAACCCUAGGGUUCUGUUACAACACUAGACUUGGUAAACACUGGUUGUGUGAUUUAAAUUUAAACCCCUUCCAAGUUAUUGAGCGUUUAAUGAAACUUGGUCUUGAUUUUUUUUUUUUUUUUUUUUUUUUCAUCUUACAUUUUACAGGUGGCAGUGACAUUUUACACUGUUCUAAAAUUGAAGAUGCACUCCUAUUUCUUUCUCUCUUUUUAUUCUACAAAAAAAAUAUCAAACAGGAUAAAAUAUUACCAAAUGUGUAAAGGGAUUACUUAACCUGUAGCUUUGCAUUUCAACAUGCAGUGUACAUUCUUGUGCAGAAGUCCUGUAAGAUGUGAACAGGAUAAAAGAAAUGUACACGACUACAUAAAGACAUAACUUAGGCCUUAGGGUCGGAUUAAUCCGAGCAGGCAGUGCUUGUGAAGGCUUAAGCAAUUAGAAUACCAAUUUAAUUUGAUGCAUUAUAGUGAACACUACCUUGUAGCUCACUAGGACUGGUGACAAGUUGUUAAGGGCCAAGUUUGUUAGGAGUUAUUAACAAGGAAUGUCAGCUUCAGAAGUUGAUGCUUCCCUUAAUUUGACUCUUCAACAGCUGCCAUCCUUGUGUCCUGCUGCAUAUUAACACUAAGGAGACACACAUAGGAUAAUGUAGCUACAGUACAAAUUUGUAUGAGCGCAUGUGUUCUAUUUCAGUGCAGAGCACUAUAAGUAACUGUGCCUUUAUCUUCUAUUCCUGAGUUCCUGAAGCUGGGAGCUCAUUGGCUUGCACCAAGAAACCAACCAAAGAUUAUGAACUAAGAGAGAGACUUUUCACACUACACACAGUUUUGUUGUACAUGUUCAUGCUUCAGGUUGAGGCCUAGAAAGAUGUUUAAAAGCAAAUUGGUCUGAAGAAGAUUUUGAUGGUCAUUUACAUCAUUUUGGUGUACAGAACUUUGCCGUAUUGUAGGUUUAAUCUAAAUGAGUUGAAAAAGGCUUCUUUAGAAAGUAGGAAAACUGAGGGAAUAGUGUUGUACAUAAUUUAUGAGAAAUGUUAAAAAUCUUAUCAGAUGCCCUAACAUCUCUCAUUGUAAUUGUAGGUACAAUCCUAGUUACAAAACCAACCCAUGUAUAGAUCUAGAAACCAGUGUAUUUGUCUUUAAACUAAUAAUACUUACCAGCCUUUAUCUUACAACAGAGUACUUCAGUUUUUUGGAGGUGUAACUAAAAGACAAUCAAACAUCUAAGUAACAUGCUGAUGUCAGUAAAAGUAGGUUUACUUAGGUUUAUAAAUGUACAGAAGUUUGUAAGGAUUACUAGACUUUUUAUAUAUAUAUAUAUAUAAUGGGAUUGCUUGUAAGUAGAAAGAGCACAACAGAAAUAGGAUCCUGGAAUAAUUAUUAUUCCUUCAGUAGCAAAUAGCAGAAAUGCGUAUAAAGCUUUUACACCACUCGCUGACACGCAGUUACCAAUCUGCUCUACGGGUUGUGACGGAGAGGAAAAGUCUCCCAAAUCUAGAUCUUUAACAUACCCGCUACAUGCCCUAAAAACAUAAGCCUUGCUUUGUUGUUAAAUGGGAAAUACUGUACUGUGAGUGAUAUGGCUUAAAUGUGCAAACCCUUUAUAGAUGUAUGAAAUGUCUUGUACCCUUCUGUCUAUCUCAUAUUUGCAUUCCCACUUGUAAAGUUUGACGAUUUCGCCCAUGCUCACUCAUGUGCUACUUUCUACAUAUUGAAGAUGCACUAACAUUUUUACACUAAUGCCAUUCUUUACAUUCAAUACUAAAAAUAUGGUUUGAGUGCAGACAGUAACAGUAGAAACGCCUCAUGUUCACUGUGUACUUUCACUGUGUAGAUGUGUCAUAUCGCGGCUAGAUUUUCUGAUAUCAAUGUUUAUUUAGUCUGAGUGCUGAGUCAGAUAUGGUACUGAUAUUGUCCAUUGUGCGUUAUGAAUUUCUUUCCUGUCAGAUCUGUCAGUUUGCCGUACCACAAGUCCCACUAAUGGGCCGUGUUUAUUUGUCAUGUUCACUACAUUCUAAACCAAUUAUAUACAGUAUUUUCAAGUGUUUUUUAAAGCAACAUCUGUAAUUCUACAAUUUGUCAGCAGUAGUUUAUACUUUAAAUGAUCAACUGUUUGAUUAAAUAUUUUGCAAUGAAUGAACAAGAUAAGGAACAUUUGAUUAAUAGCAUGUAAACAACGAAUUAUAAUUUUAGACUAAUUUCCUCAAACACAAUCUCUGAAACCUGUUUGUGACAACUGUGACUACUACUGACUGGCUUGUUCAUGUUUGUCUCUCUUUCUCUGAGUCCAGGCCCCUUAUUGUGUUAACUGUAGUCAUGCAGAAUGGUUACUUUUGUUAACAAUUGGUUACACUUUAAUGUCCAUUCCCUUCAUGAUUUGUGAAUUUUUAUUGUUAAAAGAACUUUUUUUUUUAUUAUUAUUAUUCUAUGGAAUACACUUUCCUGAAAAGA